AUGGGCAAAGCAGAAGUCGGCACCAGCAAAUACAUCGCCAAAAAGAUGAAGCAAAAGGGCCUGACGCGCCUGCGCUGGUACUGCCAGAUCUGCCAGAAAGCCAACCGCGACGAAAACGCCUUCAAGAUGCACUGCCAGUCGGAGGGCCACUUACGCCGCGCCCUCGAGGCUGGAGAGAACUUUAAGAGCGUGCAGGACGAAUACAGCCGGCUGUUUCUGCAGCAGUUUAUCAGUCAGCUGAAAACGGCGCACGGCGAGAAGCAGAUACAUGCGAAUAAGUUCUAUCAGGAGGUUAUCGCCAAUAGGGAUCAUAUACAUUUGAAUGCGACGAGGUGGCACUCGCUGACGGAUUUUGUGAAGUAUAUUGCGCGAGAGGGGAUUGUGCGGGCCGAGGAGAAGGAAGAUGGGUUAUUUAUUGCGUGGAUUGAUGACUCGCCGGAGGCGAUGAAGCGGAGGGAGGCGGUCAGGAAGAAGGAGUUGCAGGAUAAGGGGGAUGAGGAGAGGGAGCAGAUGAUCUUGAGGCAGCAAAUUGAGAGAGCGCAGAAGGAUGCCGAGGCUAGGGGGGUGAAACUGACGGAGGAUGAGGCGAAGAUGGAGCUCAAGAGGCAGGAGGGGGAGAAGAUUAAGUUGUCGUUGAAGCCGUUGGGGAAGGGAACGGGUUCGUCGUCGGAGGGGUCAAGCGCAGCGGCUUGUUCGGGUGCUACCCCGGCGCCGGAGGUGCGGGAGGAGGGUGAAGCUGCUGCUGCUGAUGCUAAAGCCAAUGGCGAGACACCGAAGGAGGGCGAAGCCAAACCUGCUGAGCAACCUGCUCCGGCCGCUUCCGCAGCAGCCAAGCCGGUAUCCCUCAAGAUCGCGGCCAAGCCAGCGCCAAAGAAUGUCUUCAAGAACGCCCUCGCCGGCGCCCCCAAGAAGGUGAUUACCGCGCCUCCGCCCAAGAUGAGCGAGGCAGAGCGCAUCAUGAAGGAGGAGCUUGAGCGCAAGAGGGCACGCGAGGAGGGACGUGGACCGCCGAGCAAGAAGCCUCGGUUUUAA